AUGCUGUCCAAAUACGUCGUCGCCGUCGCCGCGCUCGGCCUCUCAACGCUCGCGUCCGCCCAGCGGCCGUGCGGCCUCAGGAUUGCGCCCUGCCCUGCCGACCAGCGCUGCGUCCCCAACUCCCCUCGCUGCACCGACCUCAACCGGUGCCGGGGGACAUGCCAGUUCAGGAACAAGUACACUUCGUGCGGCGGGUUUGUCGUCCAUCCCGCCACCUGCCCGGACGGCUUCGAGUGUCGCGACGACCCUCGCCUCCCCGGGAGCUGCGGCCUGGCGUGCGACAAGCCGGGCGUCUGCAUCCCCAAGUCGGCUCCGCCGUGCGGCGGAUUUGCCGGCUUCGCUUGUCCCACGGGCCUGUUCUGCUACGACGUGCCCGGCGACGGGUGCGAUCCCAAGAACGGAGGCGCCGACUGCAUCGGGGUGUGUCUGUAG